CUACAGCGCCAGUCAGUCUCUCUGCUUCACAGAGGUCUGAGCUCGGCAGAUGAGAUCUAUUGCAUGUUCCCUGAUACGGACCAGGACACAGCACUUAUGAACUAUCCUAAAGAGCCUUGUUAUAGGCACCCAUAAACUGGAGAGAUGAAUGAAAGUCUUAAUGACAACGAAUCUAGUUUCCCACUACCCUGGAUCCAGGCAAAUGAUGUCAAUGCAUCAUUGGAGCUAUCUGCUUUCUUUUCUGUGUUUACCAUCAACCCAUGGGAUAUUAUGCUGUGCAUCUCAGGAACUAUUAUUGCCUGUGAAAAUGCAAUCGUGGUAGCUAUUAUCUUCUACACACCAACAUUGAGAACACCUAUGUUUGUGCUGAUUGGGAGCCUGGCUACAGCAGACCUCCUGGCUGGCUUUGGCUUAAUCCUUAAUUUUGUUUUUCAAUAUGUGAUUCAAUCAGAGACCAUAAGCCUUAUCACCGUGGGAUUCCUAGUGGCCUCUUUUACUGCUUCUGUGAGUAGCUUGCUGGCCAUCACAGUUGACCGUUACCUCUCACUAUACAAUGCACUGACUUAUUCCUCAGAGAAAACAAUCCUUUGGAUACAUAUGAUGCUUGUCGUUACUUGGGGGGUUUCACUGUGUUUGGGGCUGCUUCCAGUGCUGGGCUGGAACUGUCUAGAUGAUGAUUCAUCUUGCAGCAUUGUUAAGCCCCUGACCAAAAGUAACGUGACUCUCCUUUCCACUUCAUUUUUUUUCAUCUUCAUUUUGAUGCUGCACCUUUAUAUCAAAAUCUGCAAAAUUGUGUGCAGACAUGCUCACCAGAUAGCACUGCAGCAGCAUUUUCUCACAGCCUCCCAUUACGUGGCCACCAAAAAGGGAGUAUCUACUCUGGCCAUUAUUCUUGGGACUUUUGGGGCCAGCUGGUUGCCUUUUGCUAUAUACUGUGUGGUAGGCGACCAUGACUAUCCUUCAGUGUACACUUAUGCCACACUGUUACCUGCUACUUACAACUCAAUGAUUAACCCCAUCAUUUAUGCCUAUAGAAAUCAAGAGAUACAGAGGUCCAUGUGGGUCCUUUUCUGUGGCUGCUAUCAAUCCAAAGUGUCCUUUCGCUCCAGAUCACCGAGCGAUGUGUAAGAUGUUCCAUCUGAGCUUUACUGUACUGCACAAGUGACAAUCUAUUGAGUUAACAGUGCCUGUUAAGAACUACUAGUACAUGGCAUUGCAUUCUCGGAAAAAAAGAACUUUGAAACAUUUAGCACUUUAUAUGUUUGUAUCUCUGGGAACGUUUCUAAAUAUUUGAAGCUGAUAUUUCUAAGAACAAUGUGGAUGCGUCAAGCACAUCUGUAAAGUGAAUACAUUCCAAAACUGCUUCAUGAUUAGACUUUAUUUCAAGCUGCUGAACUGCCAAAACAGUGUUGCAAUUUUUCGAGGGAUGUAUGAGAUAGGGUGUUGUAUUUUUGUUGUAUGUGAAUAGCAUAUUUUGCCACAAAUGGAGAUGAUUUUUUGUACUGAGCGAAAUAAAACUCGUUUAAACAUA